CUGACGAAUGAAAAUUUUGUCAAGGUGCUCAUAGAUCACUGCAAACGAAAUUAUAAUAUACAUGGAAAGUUCACUUCUUUGUGUUGCUAAUAAUAUAUUUUUUAUAAUACAUGCAUCAUAUUGAGUAGUUUACUUUUGUCGAAUAUAUAUUUUAUUUGAAAUAGAAUUGUCAAUAUACUUUCUCUGUUUAUUUUGAAAGUUUUGAAUGAAUGACGACAUUCGUGUGAAUACACAUAGUUGUUUUUAAGUUUUUUACAAAGGAAUGUUUACUAAUAUAAUUUACUGAUUGUUGGACUUUUUGUUUCUACAUUUAUAUAAAUUAGUUUUAACAUGGCUGGUUCGGCGCUAAGGCGGCUAAUGGCCGAAUACAAACAGUUAACAUUGAAUCCCCCAGAGGGUAUCAUUGCUGGACCAAUAAAUGAAGAAAAUUUCUUUGAAUGGGAAGCAUUAAUAACUGGACCGGAAGGCACAUGCUUUGAAGGAGGAAUAUUUCCAGCGAAAUUGAUCUUCCCACCAGACUAUCCCCUGAGUCCCCCGAAAAUGCAGUUCAUAUGUGAAAUGUUCCAUCCAAAUAUAUAUGCAGAUGGUCGUGUAUGUAUAUCUAUAUUGCAUGCACCGGGAGAUGACCCCAUGGGCUAUGAAAGCAGUGCUGAAAGGUGGUCACCUGUACAGAGUGUUGAAAAAAUUCUCCUCUCUGUGGUUAGCAUGCUAGCAGAACCUAAUGAUGAAAGUGGUGCCAAUGUUGAUGCAGCUAAAAUGUGGAGAGAAGACCGUGAUCAGUUCAACAAAAUAGCUGAACGACUUGUUAGAAAGACUCUUGGUUUACCUCCACCAUAAUGACAAAUAAAGUAAAACAGUAAAUGGGGUCUAAAAGGUAAUAAUUAUUUAUUACUCAGGAUAAUAUUUUUUAACAUUUUACUAUGUUUUUAAUGAUUUACUCAUUGUAUCAUAUGUUUUAUCAACAUCUUGUUAGCAAUAUUUUAUUGUUUUUUCAUUAUAUUUGAUGCACAAAGUAUAAAUCGAUAAUGUUCAUUUGGAAACACCAAAAAUGUGGAUGUCUAACACAAUACAUCAAAAUAUUUGUGUAUUAUGGAUCAGAUGUCUCUAUUUACAAUUAGUGUUAACGCAAUAAGUUCAUAGAAUAGUCUCCAAAAUGAAGAUAAAGUAUUAUCCAUUGUUAUUAUUCAAUAAGAAUGUAAGAGAUGGUUUAAUAUUUUUGGAGUUUUGUUGCACUAUUGUAAAUAUAGUCUGUAUAAUAUUAAUUUUUGGUUACCUAGUAAGUUGUAUACAUUUAUAACCAACAAAUUGGCAAAUGUUUCAGACAUUAUUGACAGGAUUUUUUACACACAUUGUAAAAUAUUUUAACCUUUUAAUAAAUAUUUUAUGUAUUGCCCAUUGUUAUUUUAAAUUUUUUAAUAAAUCUUGUGUACGCUUAGUUGUAUGCUAAGCAAUGUAAUGCAGUGCCUUGCGAAUUUUAUACUCCAUAACAUACAUCCAAACAAACGCUUGGCUGGUUGAAUAACUUAUAUAGUAUCCAUUAGUGAGGUUUUAUAAUGGACAAUAUAUUUAUAGCAUGUAAUAGAUUAUAAUACAGACAUGUACCUAUGGGCAAUGAGUACUCUCAUUGUUUCUUUCCCUAUCACAUUUCCAGAAGUCAAUGUGUACCUUCCUAUGUCAGCUCUAUAAGCACCCACAACAAGGCCUAUACGUACAUAUAAGUGAGUUGCGAAUGAAGGCACCUAAAACGCGCUGCAAACGUGUAACUGCAACGUAUUUUAUUUUUUCUUUCAAUCUGUGUACACAACGUUGACGUGCUUAUAAAAUGCGGCGUUGCCAGCUCAUUUAUAAAUCAUUGUUUGCGUGGGGCCUUAUUCGCCAUAUUUUUGGUAGUAUGAAACAGCGCUGGAACCUAAGGGAGCGGUGACAAAGAUUAUAACUUUAUGCUACAUUUCAGACCUUUGCAUAACAAAAAAUAUUUAGUAUGUAUAUUUUCUCUUCCAAUUAUAAUUUUUAUAGUCUGAUUUUACAUUGUAUUAUAAAUCCCUAAUUGAUUCCUUGUAAAAAUCACCUCUACAUUUUUUAUUUAUUUUUUAAAGUUUGGAUUAUAAUUAAGUAUCUAGUUGAUGUGUAGGAUUUUUAAAAUGUAUAUCGUUUAUUAUACGUUAAUGUGUUUUAGUAAUGAUAAUAUUUAAAGUUGAAAUGUCGUUAAAGGUACAAUUUCGGACGUGUAACAAACCGCAGCCACACACGACAUUGCGGGUUUCUCCUGCGGUCGCGCACUAUUUUAUUCCAUGAUGCAUUAUCAGCCGCACAUGUCGCGACUGCAGGCCUCAGUCGUUUCUAUAGGAGCACCGAUUUUCUAUUCAGACACAUUAGCAAUCCCAAUAAGUUAAAUUGAUGUGACAUUUCGAAAAUAACAUUCAAAUAUCGCAUAUUUUUAAUUAAGGAUUCAUUUACACGUACAACAAACAAACCAUAUAGCUGCGACAAAUUGUGGUCGAUCACUUUGGCGGCAAUAUGUGGUCAGUGUGAAUGGAAUUGUAUAUUUUCAUACAGAGGAGUAUACCUUUGGCUAUUCUUCGUAAAAAGAUUCCUUGAAACUUACACUACACAAGACCGUAGCUCCGUCCUCGCCGCGGUUUACAUCCCCCCGACCCUUCUAAUAGUGCCAGCCCGUGUGCCGACGAAUACGGUAGUAGUUAGAUUGCUAGUUCCCUACGAGUAGGCGCAUGCAUAAUCGUUAUGUCUCAUCCUCUCCCAGUAACCAUCCUGAGCCUAGGUUCGUCCAUUUAGUGAAUUGCCGUCAGGAGGGUUGCUUACGUUUCAAGGCUUGCGUGCGCCUAUAGCGCUCACCCAAAAAUCCGGUGUGUUUGUGUAAGUCUCUUUUGCCAAGCCAACAAAGGCAGGGUUCAUGUUUAAAAAAAUAUAUAUAUAAUAUCUAAGAUGUUUUUAUUACAUAGAUACGUUGUCCGAGCUCAAUACUGGCAAGACGAAAGUAAAGUAAUCGCCCGACUUGACGACCAAUGAGCGUGCGGCAUUAACGUUGUUACGUAACUGUCGAUGUAUAUAUAUCCUUUUCUAACGAAUGUAUGCUGCAUCUUUUUAUUCCUUCUUCGAGCCAAUUUGUAAUUAUAUGUACAGGUACGUGACUAUAGCAAAUAGUGCGCCGUUUUUAUGUGCCAUUUUGUUAGUGUAUGACGCGUCUAUUUGUAAAACGUCAUUAUAUAAUAUUACCCUAGAAGUCGACCAAAUCGCAACUACCACAUCACCACUGCCACACCACGUUUUGUCUCUGUGAUAUGAUGUGGUUGUGGUACGUGUGAAUGGUCUGCAAGAUGCUUUCCUACCGAGGACGCACGCUACAGUGCUCGGACACGUUUUCUUAGAAAUUCAUAGAAACCAGUAGUGACGUUUGUAGCUUGCGGCCUUCGGUUGUAGCUCGUCUCGAACUUGUACCUUAACUGUUAAAUUACAAUGUAAACCGUCAUUAAAACUAUAAUUAAAUGCACAGUUCACGAACAUCAUUUUGAUUUGUGAACAUUUGCUAGUUUUGUAAUAUAUUACAAAGUUCAAAGCAUUAUUUUUGUAGUCCCAUUGUGUCGAAAAAUUACAAGUACGAUAAGCUCGUUUUAGUACGUUUUCAAUAUGGAAUGUAAUGUUUUAUUUUAAUGAAAGUGUGACCUUAUCGUGCCUAAAUAUUGUGGUAUUGUUAGAUAGAUUUUAUUAAUACCGCGAUUUGUUCGUAGAUAAUAUUAAAUUGCAGGGGAAACUGAGGAUAUUUGAUCUCCAUGGUAACAUUUCUUUAUUGUAUAUUAAAACCUACUAAACAUUGUAAAUUAUUUAAAAGUCCUUUAAAUUUUAAAUAUGUGAAGGCAAUAAAAAAAAAACAUACAUGAAAAAAAAAUUUGCUCGAACCAGCGGACCCUCGUAUAAUUUCCGACAUAAAUCUAUGCAUAUGAGAUACGUCAGUGUUUUGCUAAUUUAUUGUUCGAUCUGCAUAUGAAUCAUAAAAUAUCUUAAAACAAUCUGUAGCUAACUUAGUAAUUUAUUUUAAGAACCUCACUACUCUCACAGAUUUUAUAUUGUAGUGAUAAUUAUAUUUUAUACAUCAUAAGGUGAACUAUUCCGUGCCUUCAAGAAUUCUAGACGCCUUUCUAUAAUCCUUUAGGCUUAUAGGAAACAAAAACAUUUAAGGCGAUACCUCAAGGUCCAUUUUCAUACAUUUUGUUUCACCUUUAAUCUGGGUAACUAAACAAGUAUUGGCAAGUAAAGAAUUUAAAUUCACGUCUAGUUAGUGAUUAGUUCUCGCAGUUGAAAGAAAAACGUAAAAAUAAUUAAUAAUCAUGGAUAUUUCGGCCUUUAAAAUUUAAUAUGACGAAAUUGGACCUUGAGGUAUCGCCUUAAGGGACUGACAUAUCCUAGCAACAGACUAGUAUCACUUUAAUAUGUCAUUCCCAUUUACUUAUUUGUUUUCUAUUAGUGUUAACAAGCUAACGAUUGUAGAAAGGCAUCUUACCUACGGCCCCAGUUUCCCUUACGCCCGAUGUAUGACUAUUCACAUAAAAUUUUAUCGUUGUUUUAACAUGUUAUUACCUGAGAAGAAUAAAGCAGGACCCGAUUUGUAUUUUUGCGGACUGUUUAUUUUUAUGGCUAAUUAAAUUAAUACAUUGAAA